CGUGCAAGAAAUGUCGCUUUAUUUAUUUGGCUGUGUCAGCUCAAAUUUUAUCUGACAUCAGAGACAUUCCAGUACAUUUCAGUGCACAGGCUUACAAAUGAUUUCAUUGGCUGAUUUGAUUGAGAAGUUAAAUAGAGCCAACCUCUUGCGCGCCUUGUUGUCUCUCCCACAGAAACUUACCUGCACCAACUAGAAAGUCCAGUUUCUCAAGCACGUCCUAGAAAACACUACAGAGUCCUGGAGGCAGCAUGGACCUGGACAGUAAACGGCUGGUGGUGGUGGUUCCGAAUGAAGUGCUGGUGCCAUCUCGCAGAGCGCUCAGCAGCGAGGAUGAAGCGUGGAGGAGCUACCUGGAGAACCCACUGACUGCUGCCACUAAGGCCAUGAUGAGCAUAAACGGAGAUGAGGACAGUGCAGCAGCCCUGGGACUGCUGUACGACUACUACAAGGUUCCCAGAGAGAGGAGACGUGUCUCCAGCAGUGUUAAACCCACAGACCCCUCUGCUAUUGGGCCUGAUAACUGUGGGAGCUUGGAGAUGCUAGAUCACCAUCUCCAGGCUCUCAGAUCCAUGCCUGUCAACCUCUCUCGAAACAACAGCACCGCUACAGAACACCAGGGCUCCAAGUAUGGAGCUGCCUGCCUCGCAGGAGACACCAGAGGAGGAGAUGGUAAAGGUGGAGGUGGGGCGGCUCUGGCUUUGGUCAAGGCAGAGGGCCAGACGUCCAUGGGACUGCCCUGUUCAGGAGGCGCCUACCAAGAAGAACCCAGAGAGCAGAUAAGGAUGGUUUAUGACCCGUGCCACUAUAAUUUGCCCCUCGCUGGGUACUUGAAAGAUGAACAGAGAAGCACUCCAGACAGCACUUAUGGGGACGCUGUGGAAGGAGAGAUGGACCAUAAAAGUCCCUCUUCAGGAGUUGAUGAAUUCCACUACAGCCUACCAGUUGACAGUUUCCAGUACUGCCUGGAGGCCAACAUGUCGCUGCGGCCGCGGCAGGGAGAGGGACCCAUGGCUUACCUGAACCGGGCCCAGUUCUACACUUUGACACUGUCGAAGACCGGUCUUGCAUCGUCCCUGUGUCAGCCCAGAGGCAAAGUGCGGGUGAGUGGACUGACACCGUCACACAGGCCUGAUGGGAGCCCAUCCAGUAGUGAGCAAUGCACCAUGGGAGGCCCUGAUCUGCAGCGGGACAGUAUUGUACAGAGUGUUAUCAUGGUUGUCUUUGGGGAAGACAAGUGCAGAGACGAGCAGCUGAAGAAUUGGAAAUACUGGCACUCCCGCCAGCACACUGCCAAACAGAGAGUCCUGGACAUUGCCGACUACAAGGAGAGCUUCAGCACCAUCGGGAACAUGGAGGAAAUUGCCUACAACGCUGUCUCUUUCACAUGGGAUGUCAGUGAGCAAGCAAAGGUCUUCAUCUCCGUGAACUGUCUGAGCACAGACUUCUCCUCGCAGAAGGGCGUGAAGGGGAUGCCUCUGAUAAUCCAGAUCGACACCUACAGCUACAACAGCUGCAGCAGCAGGCCCAUUCACCGGGCCUUCGCUCAGAUCAAGGUCUUCUGCGACAAGGGCGCUGAGAGGAAGCUUCGUGAUGAGGAGAAGAAGCAGCUGAGGAAGAGGAUGAAAGGGAAAAAUGGCGGCUCGGGGCCAAUCUCUCCCAUCAAGAAGGCAGAUAACACGCUGCUGAAAACCAUGCUAGACCUGGACUCCCAGCCUGUCCUCUUCAUUCCUGACGUCCACUUCGGGAACCUGCAGAGAGCGGGACAGGUGUUUGCUCUGAACACUGAGGAGGUCAAAAGAGAUGGGAGUGUUCUGGUGAAAAGGGUAUCGUGUGCUGCUGAGAAAGACGUCUGUCCACCUCAGCCCAAGAGGUCCAAAGUGGAACUGGAGAGAAAAGUUCUGCUGUAUGUGAGGAAGGAGUGUGACGAAGUGUUUGAUGCCUUAAUGCUGCACACCCCAACCCUCAAAGCACUGAUGGAGGCAAUCUCAGAGAAGUAUGCAGUGCCUGUUGACAAGAUGACCAAAGUUUACCAGAAAAGCAAAAAAGGGGUCCUGGUGAACAUGGAUGACAACAUCAUCCAGCACUACUCCAAUGAGGACACCUUCAUCCUGGCUAUGGAGAGCUCGGCGGACUCCCUGCGCGUCACCCUGGCAGAGAUCUGACGACUGGCUGCCGCAGCGCUGUGUUCAUCAGUCACUGUCAGACCGAGGUGAUCACUGGUGGGGGAGGCGUUAGCCGUGCCAUGUAUACAAAUUGUGAGCGUUGCUAGCGGUAUUAGAUGACUGCGUCAAAAUGAGAGUCUCUGUGGGGUUUGCUGCCCUACGUGGAUCCACGUGCACCUCACCUGCUGCAGCACCUCUUUACUGGACAACCCGCUGUAGGAGGAUCUCUUGCAUUAGGAGCACAGGCUUAAUUUUGAAAACUCAUGAAAGCGGUUGAUGUUUCCUGGAUGACCUGUGCAAGUCUUUACAAGCUGACAGGAAUUCACCUUUUCCUCCCCCGGUGCACCAGAAGGGAGGUCUUUAUCCAGGUCACCACAGAGCAUCCAGCGGGCCUGCUGUGUUUCCACAGGGAGGGGACGGUACAGUACACAGCAGUCGUACUGGAAUAACAGCGGGGACUGCUGGUGGCCUCCUCUGUGCCUUCCUCCUUCCUUCCUCUUACCUCCUCUAGUGGUGGAAGCUUUUUAAAUGACUUGAUCAGAUGUUUGAAAGGUUCUCGCGUCAAAGAAAGUCCAUGUACUAUCUUUUGCUGGCACCUACAGUACAAGGUAAUGGCUCAUUGUUUGGUUUGUGUAGAAUCAUUUUCAGGUGUGUGUUAAACAGUUGGGUAGCAGUGAGGCGCACUCUCUGACACCACAUGUAUUUCUCUUUUAUUGAGAUGACGUUUCAGCCCCCAUUAUCAUGAUUAUUGAUUUUUUUUUUCUGAGUUGUAGUCAUGUUGUGAUUCUAAGUCAAAGUGAACGCCCUCUCAUCUCUCUCGGUUGCCAGUCUUUUAUAUUGAUUGGUCAUUUUUUCACCACGCACUGAACGUUUACAGUUGGUGUCAGUUAUCCCAGGUCGUCAUUCAGGAUCUACAGUUACACGAGGCACCAUUACACGACUCGAGUGUGACUGCGAGUCUGCAGUCUUCCUCUGUGCAUGUCUUCAUUGCGCUUCCUCACUGAAAAGGCCGUGGUCAUUAGUAUUUAUGACAUUAGUUUACACAAUCCUUUUCUGAGGCCACCGCAGACCGUCAAAGUUUAAGAGCCCAAUCGCUCUGUUCCAGCUCACUGCCUGUGUGUCCACCUGAUUCACUGACAGCUUCUGACUCUGCCCUGCCUUGUGUCACGCACCAUGAUGUACAAUCGUUUAAAUGAGUAAAUAAAUAUAGUUUUAUAUGUA